UGCGUCACUGGUGAACCAAGACAAGCGAUUCUCAUUAUUACGCGUCGAUGUACCGUGAAGAUGAUUUUGAAACGAUAUUUUGAGCCCAAUGGAGGACCGGGACCGCAGCCGCUCUCCGUCACGCAGGACCAGUAAAGUGGAGCAGGUGGUAGGACGCUGGCUUCGUCGUUCCCGGGAGUCCACCAGCAGAGAGCGUGUGUUGGACAAUGAUGGACGAGGCCCUGAUGCCAGUCCUCAGGAACAGAGGAGCUGUCCUGUCAGAGUGACCGUUCAAAUCCCGCUGGACCCCGACCUCAAGUCACAUGGCUUCACCAUGUCCACACACACUCCAGCGCAGGUGGAGGAGGUUGUCGCAGGGGGUCCUGCAGAUGGCAAACUUUUACCAGGUGAUCAGCUUGUCAAAAUCAACAACGUCGCUGUUGAUGAUCUGUCCACAGAGCAAGCUGCUGAUGUUGUCAAGGAGUGCCAGGACACCAUAACAAUGACAGUCCUCAGAAUAACAGUGGGGCCGAAGUCGUCCUUCAUAACCCCAGAGAAGAGGGCUAAGCUAAAAUCCAACCCGGUUAAGGUGCGCUUCGCCGAGGAAGUGGUCUUUAACGGCCACUCGCAGGGAAACUCUCUGCUCUUCCUGCCCAACGUCCUAAAGGUCUAUUUAGAGAACGGCCAGACCAAAGCCUUCAAAUUCGAGCCCAAAACCACUGUUAAGGACAUUGUAAUGACUCUGAAACAGAAGCUAUCGAUAUCCCGCAUCGAGCACUUCUCUCUGGUGCUCGAGCAGCAGUACAGCAACGCUAAACUCUUUCUGCUGCACGAGGAGGAGCUGAUUCAAGAAGUGGCCCAGAAGAGGGAGACUCACGACUAUCGGUGUCUGUUUCGUGUCUGCUUCAUGCCCAAAUAUCCACAAGAGCUGCUGGAGGAGGACCCCGUGGCCUUCGAUUAUCUCUACUUACAGAGCGUGAGCGAUGUCCUGCAUGAGAGGUUUGCUGUGGAGAUGAAGUGUAACACAGCGCUCAGACUGGCAGCUCUACACAUACAGGAGAGACUUGCCAGCACCGGGCAGUCUCCCAAAACACCGCUGAAGGCCAUCACGAAGGACUGGGGUAUCGAAAGCUUUGUCUCCAGCACUCUGUUAAGGAACAUGAGAGAGAAGGACUUGAGAAAAGCCAUCAAUUUACACAUCAAGAAAAUCCUUUUACAGGAGCACAAGAAUAAGGCAAUGACGGUAAACCAGGCCAGACUCAGCUACCUGAAUGAGAUGUCUGAACUCAAGUCUUUCGGGGGAAAAUCCUUUAGUGCCACCAUGAUGCUGCAAGACAGGGAGUCUACGGUGAGCUUGUUGGUGGGAGCACAGUAUGGGGUGAGUCAAGUGAUCAAUCACAAGCUGAGCAUCAUGACCUUGCUGACGGAUUUCAGCAGCAUCACCAAGGUGGAGCUCGUAACAGAGUCGGAACAUGUUAGUCUGGUCAAGAUCUACAUGCAAGACAUUAAGCCCAUAACAUUGCUAUUGGAGUCAGUGCCUGCUAAAGAUUUGUCAUGUCUCAUAGCUGGUUAUUGCAAAGUAUUCAUAGAUCCUCAAAUCUGUGUGUUCCCAUGGAUAGAAGAAGCAAAGAGCCACCGUAUAUCUGCAGAAGAAGGUUAUGUAUCGAGAUGCUGCAGCGACUCCGAAGACUCAGAGGUAGAUGCCCUGCUUGCUCAUGCUACAAUUCCUACCCAGACUGAUUCAAACACCAAUUUGGUUAAUAGUCAAGUUGUAGGACAAGAAGAAGAAAAGACCAAUGCAGAAGAAGAGGAAGAUGUGGAAGACAAGAGUGAAAAAGAAAGUGUGGAGAAUGGAGCUGGAGAAACAAAGAAAGUAAAACUAGAGGAGCAGGCUGACUCGACGCAUGCAGCUGAAGGGGAAACAGUAAAACCUGAUGCAGAAAAUGAAAAGGAGCAUGAACAAGAGGUCAAAGAUGAAGAGCCACCAUGUAUCAUCAUUGUGGAGGACCCACCAUCAGAGGCAUCGGAUUCACUUCAUACCGACUCGCGCUUCGUAACCAGCAUGUCCAGUGACUCCAUGGAUGCGUUAGAGGAGGAUGACUUUUUGACCUACUUCUCCACUAACUGUGUUAGCCAGCUGAAUGUUAGAGACCAUUACCUCCAUGUUGAUACUCUUGCACCAUAUCCAAGUCAACCGGAUUGCCAAGAUGGUGAUUUCAAUGAUGAACUGUGUUCCACUGAGUUCCCUGCCAAUGAUGAUGAAUUCUUAUGUUUUGCUGCCCUGUCUAACAUUGCAGAAUGUCUUCCCAGUCCAACUGAGGCCAGUGAGGACGAGUAUUCAGAGCAUGGACUUGAUGAAGAUGAACAAGAGGCACCAGAGGAUGUUUUCGAAAGCAUCGAGCCUCCUCAUGGAGAGUGUGUGUUUACAUUCAACGAGGGUGAUGCACAACACUACUACAACAUCUGCUCUAAUGUAACUCCAGAUAGCUGUCACGUCCAUGCAAGAACAGCUUUUCCUCAUCACACUCAAGAAGAAAACAAUGAAGAGGUGGAGCGGGAACGUGAACCUGUGCCCAUCCUUCUGCCUCCUCCAGGUUUUGGGGACAGUAGCUCAGAUGAUGAGUUCUUUGAUGCCCAGGAUAGAUUCAUUCUUGAGGAACCUUUGUCAGCACCAAUGCAUAAAGAACACUCUAGAGAUUCAAGUGUCAUGAAGCGUACUCUAAGCCUAAGUAACACUGGCAUCAGUGCUGGUGAGCGAAGGAAGUGGGAAGGAGAGAAUAAAAAGAGAGAGAGAAAAGAUAAAGAAAAACUAAAGAAGGAGACAAAAAAUGAAGUUCCAAGGUUCCGCAAGAGAAGCAGAAAGCGUCGUUCCUUCAUGGAAACAGAGUACACCUCUUUGGUAUCAUUUCCUGAAGAAGACCGAACAAAAAAUUACAACCAAAUCCCAAAUCACUGGUUGGGACCCAGACAUCUUAGUGAAAGCCACCUUGGUGGGCUGUCAAAUCAAAGCUCCUGUCCCACAGGCUCAUCUCUAACAAAUGCUGAGGGUGGGCCAGUACAAAUGGAAUCAAAACUCAUCACCCCGUCCAAACUGAGUGGGCCUGGAUCCCAUCAUCUCCUGCAUGGUAACAAAAUCAGUAAGGCAAGUCAGCAGAAACAACAGGUUAUAUUGAUGGAACCAGAUUCCAUGGAGUUUAAGUCUGUCACCGAAAUCAUGUCCACUGCUUCACCUGCUAUUAUAGCAGUACGCACCUCGACAGGGCCUAAAGUAAAAGGCAAUGGCAUGAGCAGUGCUGAUGGACUUGAAGAAAAAGGUGCAGCAGGAGGGCUGGUUGAAAGAUUGCCUGAUGAUCACCUGUUUUUUGGAACUCCAAGCAGGGACUAUAGUGAUGAUGCUUUACCUGUGAAAAGAAAUGACCAAGAAUCCCUGACAGAAGAUCCCUCUCAGGAACCUUUGCACAGGAAACUGAGUUGCUCACUUCCACAAUUAGACCAAACACCUGCAUCUAGCUUGCAUUCUUUGGGAGUCCCAACCAUAUCCUUUACUCAAAACCCAGGCAUGGACAGGCUUGAUGUAGAAAAUCUGGAAAUGGGCAUUCAAAAAUGUUCAAUAGAGCCAACAGAGAGAACAAGAAGUCAGAGCAUGUCUGCAAUAUCUGACAGUAGUGGUCUCUUUUGUUUAACAAGGCACACGUUCCCUCAGACGGAUCCUGUAGUCUGCACAAGAAAACCACAUUUGAUUGACACAGGCAGUUCUGACGACCCAUUCACCAAAGGAAUAUCCUCCACUGUAUCUCCUGUGCAGCUUAUCCAGGGACACGUAUUCACUCAGUGUUCUUCUGGCAUCCUUGGCCCCCUCUCUGCUUCAACACUGCAGGGAAAGAUCCAGAACUUGCCCCUGUACAUGUCUCGUUCCCAGGAAAUGCUAGCAAGUAACAGUAUUCUUGUAGAUAAUGCCAAACCAGCAAGGAGAUUUUCUGAAAAUAUGACCACAACUGAAGUAAAACCUGAAGCAGUCACGGAGGUGGUUGAAGAGUUUGGGGAAGUAGUUUGCAAUAAUCUUUAUGUGGAAAGAGUACAGAAAGCUGAACCCAAGGAACUCUCUUGGCCUCUCCAAUCACCUUCAAGUCUGAAAUCAGUUGACCCUGUCACUGUCAGCCCUUCAUCUCUUGUGGUUACUACUCAAAACCUUCAUGGACCAUGGGGUGUCGUGACGUCACAAGAGAUCAGCGGAUUACAAGCAGGAAGCAGUCCUCUUGUGGGUGCACACCCACAACCUCUUACAAAUUGUGAAUCCAAGCCCACCAACACCCAGCUACAGACCCUGCCUGACCUUACUUGCAGCUCGAUGCUUGCCUCAGUAUGUGAGACAGUAAUCGAGAGUGCUGAAACACCUAUGGAGGUUUGUGGCUGCCAAUCAGCAUACACCAACUGCUUCAGCAGUGUCUUGAACAAUGGGAGUUUUGAUGAUGAACUGACGGUCUAUGAGUUCUCCUGUAGGACACAGCAGAGCAUGCGUGACCGAGUAGCACUGGUGACGUCUAUCCCUCCUUCAUCCCUUUCUGGUUCCUCUUCCUCUUUUUCACCAUCCUCACCUCUCCCAGCUUUUUCUCGUGUGGUCCUACCACCUUCCUCAUCCACAGAACUUGGACCCCUUCUGUCACCGUUGGACACCCCCGACUGCUUCCUCUCUGACCCUCAUGGAGACGCUAUCACGGCCUUACUGGCCCAGCAUUACCCCUUACAACCAACAGGCUUCCUGGCUCUGCAGAGAGAUGUUGACACACUAUUAACUGUUCUGGAUGGUGCUAUGAAGGACCAAGCUUGCAUCCAAGAGCAUCCCAGAGACACAUGUGCAGGCCACUUUUCUGAAAACAAGCGCAGGCUGCAUGUGGAGGCACGAGGGUUUCUGGCUGGCUGUCAGCAGGUAGUGAAGGCUGGGCAGACCCCUGCAGAGACGCUGCAAGCUCUAUCGGACAGUUUUCACUCACUGGUUCAGCUGACAGCUGUAUGCCUGAGUUUCUCUAGCUGCCAGAGGUGCCAGGAACGCCACUCUCAAACCUUGUUGGGACUUACAGAUGUUGCACAGACCUAUCAGGAGUUUGCACGGGCAGCAGAGCGCUUGGGGAUGGCUACAGAAAGAAGGACUUGCCAUGAGCUCAGCAUUAAACUCCUGGCCCGCCAGUGUACCGCACUCACAACUUCAGUCUUCUGCCUAACACAGCUAUACCGUACACUCACGGCUCUUUGACCUUCAAACAGUAACGUCUUGCAGACAUCUAACUCUAGUGUAAUUCUGCCAAAUCUGAGCAAAUUAUCAAUAUAGAAAAGCCUAACUAUAGCAACCUAACUAUGGUGUCCAAAGAUGCUGACCUUCUACUGAUGAGCACACACAUGCACACAACACACAAAAUCAGGGUGACACUGCUUAUGAAUGCACUCACGCACACUGACAAUCACUUGUUUAAAAUCGCCAUGUGGUAUUGUUACUUUGUCAGUGUUUUUGUUUGAAUGUAUGAAAUUCAUUUCUUAUUCCAAAUCUGUGUACUUUAGUAGGUUUCUUGAAUUCAUAAGUGGCUAUUUGGGGGUAGGAAAGUUUUGGGUUUUUUUCCUUGAUUGUAUGCAAAAUGGAGCAGUUAUACACACAAGAACAGGACCUAACCUUGCCCUUUCAUCUUUUGUCUUCCUCUUCUCUCUCUUUUUGGAUUUCGGUUUCAUGCAUAUGCCCACUUGCCUCUAAAUCAAGCUUCAUAAAAAUACCUGACCUUAGAUAUUUCCACACCUAUCUGCACACUCACCAGAGCAGAAUUAACAAAGGCUCAAUGUUUAAUAGACACUAAAAUGUAUCUGUUAGUGACCAGGAAGUAUACUUUGCAUAUUUUGAGCAGCAUAAUACCAAAGGGUAUGAAUAACUCCUUUAUACUUUUUUUUGUACCAGGAGACUUGAGUCAUAUGACUAGCCUUUUUGAAGAUGGGUUUCAAGUCCUUUGUUUGUUAUUUUAAUUUCCAUAGGUUGGAUUAGAGCCUUUUUUUAUUAUUAUUAUUUUUUUACUAUAGACACAUUAUUUAUUAAACUUUAUUCACAAAGUCUGAUCAGAUCCACGGAGAUAUAUUUGUGCUAUAUAUUUGGUGUUUGGAAAUGAAUUUAUUUCUAUUUGUGCUUAAUUUUAGUAACUUUAGUACUGUAAAGGAAACAUGGGCUGUGAUUGGGUUGCCUGCAGAGUUUGGAAUCGUGACCUGUCACACACAGGUAUUGCAGGAUGUCACUAUUUUCAACCGAUUCUUUACGUUUCUCUGUUCAAGUCCUGAAUCACAAUGUGGAAUGACUUAUAACAGGAGCAGAAGAUUUACCUUUCAUGGUCACUGUAAUACCACAUGAAGAUCGUAAUAUUACUUUUUCAUACAGGUGUGUGGACCAACCUGGAAGCUGCUGUGCACUGUCCUUAUUAGGCAUGCUUCGUACCAUACACAUACUGUACUUUACCAUUUACAACACGGAAUAAAGGAAUGCAUGUCGAAACCAAAGCAUGACCUGAUUGAGUAACUGAUAAAUGUCAGUGGCUCAGCCACUGGCCAAUUAAAUGAGAGAAUGAAUGGAUGACUAUCUAGAUGAUGAAAUGCAAUCUCUUACUUUGUAAUGCAGUAUUCACUAUUAAAAUGAGACUCAAAAUGA